CACGCCCAUAACACGGGGGGCCACGCCCAUGGGCCAACAGGCCACGCCCUCAGCGGCAUGUGUCUGCGCUACCGCCGUGCGCAGACCCCGGGAACGACCCCGGGGCGGGCAGGGGGGCCAAGGCCCGUCCCCAAGAGCCCCCAGCACCCGGUGGCAGCCGUCCCCAAGCUGUCCCCGCAUGGGGCACAGGGCCUGGCGUCGGGCAGGGGGUGACAGGCACCUGUGCUGCCCCGGUCACUGCUGUGAUGAGUUGGGCAGGGCUCAGCGCAGCGUGUCCCGGCACCGAUCGUGUUUCCUCCACCCCGGGUGAUUAAUUAUAGAUGGGGAGCCACGGCGGGGGGGGCCCCGAGCCCCAGCGCCUGCUCUGCACUCUGGGCUUGGGGUGGCCCCAGCCCUGGGGGUCCCCUGUGGGCCAAGGGCACUGGGGGGCUGGGGUAGGGAGACAGAGGGGGGUGUUGGGGGUGACCAGAGCCGCUGUCCCUGCGCUGCCCCCGGCUCAGGCCGGGCUCAGGUUCCCCUUUGUGCAUUGGAAGUGGCCCCUGAAACUUUAAUGAAGCCACCGGAUCGCCAGGGCGGCACGGGGGCACCCAGCCCCCCACCCCUCCUGCUCCCCACGGCACCCACCGGCUCCAGGCCCCGCUGAGCCCCUCACCAUGGCCCAGGGCUUCUGGCGACUCUACAAGACCAAAGUGCUGCAGACCCUGGGGGGGGCACAGGCGGACGGGGCGCUGCAGGAAGAGGGAGACCCCCCUGAGCUGAUGGAGACAGCUGAGCCCCCAGCGCUGAUGGAGGAGGGACCCAGUCCCAUGUCCCAGCUGGCAAGGAAGGUGCAGGGGGUGGGUGCCCGGGGCUGGCGGACGCUUUCGUCCCUCUUCACCCGUGAGGACGAGCACCAGCUGCUCAGCCCGGAGCCCUGCGCAGACCACCCGCUGGCCGCCGAGCCGCCCCCGUCUGAGAACGCGCCCAGCUUUUGGGAUCUCUUUGCUACCAAGUGGCAGCAGGCGUCAGGGCCGGACAAGGAGGCGCCCCCCCCGGAGCCAGGCGAGAGCCCUGGGGAGCCGCCGGGUGACGAUGGCAGCGACCUACGGGAGCCAGAGGAAGGGGCCUUCCACUGGGGCUUCCUGGCCAGCAAACUGGCCGAAAUCCGGAAUAAAAAUGCCCCCAAGGGCAACUAGAGGAGAAUGUGCUGGCCAGACUCUCCAGCAGUGUGAGUGCCCCCCCCUACUGCUGGUCGGCAGCCCCCUGCCCACAGCUGAGAGC